AUGGCCCCUCAUCUGGAUAAUGAAGUAUCCAAGAGAGUAGUUCAUGUGAAAAAGAGUAACUUCAAUGGUUUUAACACCAUCUCUGUGAUUAUGAAGGACUCGCGUGACGUGAGUUAUGUAUUGAGAGUGCAGGGGCCCCAAUGUGACAAGUUGGAGAACGUUCGGGUCGGCACAAUCGCCACGGUAGAGAACGCCAAGAGAAGCGAAAAGCCAUCGCUCACGUAUUUUCUAAACCCCUUGCCUGACUUCAAGUUUGAUAUCAUAUUCGAUCCCAAGGCCAAGCAACCGAAAUCCCCACAAAAGGUAAAUUUUUUUCAUUUUUAAUAGAUUAAUUACAUAUUUAUUGUUAUUUUCAAUCUUCUUAAAAAGAAUGUUUUAGAACAAGCCCAAUUUCAAGAUUGAAUUUGUCCCUAAGAAAAUUAAGAAAGAACCAGUGGAAGAAGUCGAGGAAGAAGAAGAAACGUCUAAUCCAAAGCCAUGCCCGAGUGUCCAAGAGUGUCAACCUGAACCUAGCUCCGCUGAGCCUCAGAACCCAAGAGACAUGGGCCUCCAUGACAUCAAAAAUGAAAUCAUCGAAGAGGAAGAGGUUUAUUAG